AUGACCCAGCGGACGCGCAGACAUCGUGAGGAGAGACAGGAAUUCCAGAUGGCCUCGCUGAGUCCUGAGACUCCACAGGUGAAAGAAGAACCAGAGGAACCAGGCCUCAAAAAGGAAAAACAGCAGGAAGAAUCUACAAAGUCCUUCUCCUGUGAUCAAUGUGGAAAGAGCGCUUCGCCCACGCUCGGCGUCAGUCUGAAUACAUGCGCUCGCCGCGAGGUAGUUCGGCUGGAAAGGGCGCUCGGCUCUGCGCUCGGCGUGCGGUGUGAAACUGGCCUUACCAGCCUGUGA